AUGAGUAUACCACCUGAGAAAAUCUUGCUUAGGUGGAUGAAUUUCCAGCUGAAAAAAGCAGGAUACAAGAAAACAAUAACAAACUUCUCUUCAAAAAAUAUAAAGGAUGGAGAGGCCUAUGUCCAUCUCUUGAAUGUUCUUGCUCCUGAGCAUAGUAAUCCAUCUAUAUUGGCAGCAAAAGAUCCUUCACAAAGAGCAAAGCUAGUUCUUGAACAUGCUGAUAGGAUGGGUUGCAAAAGAUACUUAACAGUGAAAGAUAUUGUUGAAGGUUCUCCGAAUCUUAACCUUGCUUUUGUAGCACACAUUUUCCAGCUUAGGAACGGGCUUUCAAGCCAGACCAAGCAAAUAUCUUUUCUUGAAACUUCACCAGAUGACACCCAAAUCUCUAGAGAAGAGAAAGCAUUUCACUUUUGGCUGAAUAGCCUGGGAAAUUCAACUUACAUAGACAACGUCUUUGAAGACCUAAGAAAAGGGGUGGAGCUAAGAAGGUCUCUGCUCCUAGCAAGGAUGCUCCCAUCCACACAAAAGACUGUUGAUGGACCACCUUCCAAGGACUGGAGGGGUGGUAGAGCUGCUUCUUUUGACAUUAUACCUAGUAGCACUGGAGCUGCAAAGGCGGUUGGGAAAGUGCUACCAGCGCUGAAUGGGAAAUUGACUGGAAUGGCCUUCUGUGUUCCUACCAUUGACGUUUCUGUGGUUGAUCUAACUGUGAGACUGGAGAAGGGGGCUAGUCAUGAUGAAAUCAAAGCUGCUAUCAAGUAAGGAUGUUGGUUUCGUUUAUUUUUCCAGUUGAAAGUAAAUCUAUAGACUUGUUGCAGAAAUACAAACUCUUGUUAAUUUUAUAUAUUUUGGUGGACUUGGAUUAACUAUUAGGCAUGGGAUGGAUGCUCAAGGUCCUGCUGAUUAUUUGUUGCACUGUGUUUAGUUUGAUCUUAUUAUUGCGGUGACGGUCAUCAAGUAAGAGUCUAAGGGAAAACUAAAGGGAAUCUUAGGUUACACUAAAGAUGACGUAGUGUCCACUGACUUUGUAGGU